UGUUUUCCGAGUGGUGGCGGCGCCGGGUGGAAGGCUGACUUAUCCGCGAGGCCCCGCGCUCAGGCUGUUUUUUCCCGCUGGUCGGUAGAGCGGACCCCUUGCUUCCUCCUUGCCUCUUCUUCUAGUCUGUGGCUCAGUCCACUCGCUGGGCUGCAAACUGAGCCCCCUCCCGCCUUUCAGUACUGUUGCUGUGGCUCCAGGAGUUUCCAGGAACUACUGGGGGCAGUGUGGUACUCCGGGAGGAGAGCUGGACUCUUUUUCCCAAAGACUACGCAGAAAACAGAAAGAUGUGAUCCUUCGUGAUUUGAAAUCAGCUCUACUUCAGCCUCCUAAUGUUGUUGGUGGAUGAAAGAUUUCCAUGAAGGGAACUUACAAGGACCUGAAUGGCCUCAUUUUAGCUGCUUCAGCGUGUAGAGCUAUUGCUCGCUCCUUCUCUUCCCGGGCCUGGUGUGACAGUGGCUACUGAGGACCAUGAAGGUUGUUCCAGAGAAGAAUGCUGUCCGGAUACUCUGGGGGCGAGAACGGGGCACUCGGACCUUUGGAGCUCAGCGACUUCUGCAGGAGCUGGUGGAAGAUAAAACCCGGUGGAUGAAAUGGGAGGGCAAGAGAGUAGAACUGCCGGAUAGUCCACGCUCUACCUUUUUAUUGGCCUUCAGCCCAGACAGGACUCUCUUGGCCUCCACCCAUGUAAACCAUAAUAUCUACAUCACGGAGGUGAAGACAGGCAAGUGUGUUCACUCUCUGAUUGGACACCGCCGCACUCCAUGGUGUGUCACUUUUCAUCCCACCAUCUCAGGCCUUAUUGCUUCUGGCUGCCUAGAUGGGGAGGUUAGGAUUUGGGAUUUACACGGUGGCAGUGAAAGCUGGUUCACAGAUAGCAACAAUGCCAUUGCCUCCCUGGCUUUCCACCCUACGGCUCAGCUCCUGCUGAUUGCCACUGCCAAUGAGAUCCACUUCUGGGAUUGGAGUCGACGGGAGCCUUUUGCCGUGGUGAAGACAGCUAGUGAGAUGGAACGGGUCCGUCUGGUGAGAUUUGAUCCUCUUGGACACUACUUACUCACAGCAAUUGUUAACCCCUCUAAUCAGCAGGGUGAUGACGAACCAGAGAUCCCCAUAGACGGAACAGAAUUAUCGCAUUACCGUCAGCGUGCCCUCCUGCAGUCACAGCCAGUGCGCCGGACGCCUCUCCUCCACAAUUUCCUGCACAUGCUGUCCUCCCGCUCCUCUGGCAUCCAGGUGGGAGAGCAAAGCACAGUGCAAGAUUCUGCCACCCCCUCACCCCCACCGCCUCCCCCUCAGCCCUCCACGGAGCGUCCCAGGACUUCCGCUUACAUCCGGCUCCGACAGCGGGUCAGUUACCCCACAGCCGAGUGCUGCCAGCACCUUGGGAUCCUGUGCCUUUGCAGCCGCUGCUCUGGCACUCGAGUUCCUUCCCUCUUGCCACACCAGGACAGUGUCCCCCCUGCUCCUGCCAGGGCUACUACCCCUUCCUUUUCUUUUGUACAGACCGAGCCCUUCCAUCCCCCGGAGCAGGCCUCAUCAGCGCAGCAGGACCAGGGCCUCCUGAACCGGCCGUCUGCCUUCAGUACAGUCCAGAGCAGCACUGCCGGCAACACGCUCCGCAACCUCAGUCUGGGUCCCACCCGUCGCUCUUUGGGAGGCCCUCUGUCUAGCCACCCUUCUAGGUAUCACCGAGAAAUCGCUCCUGGGCUGACAGGAUCUGAGUGGACCCGGACAGUGCUCAGUCUGAACUCCCGCUCUGAGGCGGAAUCCAUGCCCCCGCCCAGGACCAGUGCCUCUUCGGUGAGUUUGCUGUCUGUGCUGAGACAGCAGGAAGGUGGCUCUCAAGCAUCUGUGUACACUUCAGCCACAGAAGGGAGGGGUUUUCCAGCUUCAGGGUUGGCAACUGAGUCGGAUGGAGGGAAUGGCUCCAGCCAAAACAACUCAGGCAGCAUUCGCCAUGAGCUUCAAUGUGACCUGAGACGCUUCUUUUUGGAGUAUGACCGGCUUCAGGAGCUGGACCAGAGCCUGAGUGGGGAAGCGCCCCAGGCCCAACAGGCCCAGGAAAUGCUCAACAAUAACAUUGAAUCCGAGAGGCCAGGCCCCUCCCACCAGCCCACCCCACACAGCAGCGAGAACAACUCCAACCUGUCGCGUGGCCACCUGAACCGCUGCCGCGCUUGCCACAAUCUCCUGACCUUCAACAACGAUACCCUGCGCUGGGAAAGAAGCGCACCCAACUACUCCUCUGGCGAAGCCAGCUCCUCCUGGCAGGUCCCCAGUACGUUUGAGGGCAUGCCCUCGACUGGCAGCCAGUUGCCACCUCUCGAGCGGACUGAGGGCCAAACGCCGAGCUCCAGCAGGCUGGAGUUGAGCAGCUCUGCUAGCCCGCAGGAGGAGAGGACUGUGGGGGUGGCCUUCAACCAGGAGACAGGCCACUGGGAACGAAUUUACACCCAGUCCAGCAGAUCUGGAACUGUGUCGCAGGAGGCCUUACAUCAGGAUAUGGCUGAGGAAAGCUCCGAGGAAGAUUCACUCAGGAGGAGGCUGCUGGAGUCUUCCCUCAUUUCAUUAUCCCGUUAUGAUGGAGCAGGAUCCAGAGAGCACCCAAUUUACCCAGACCCAGCGAGAUUAUCUCCUGCUGCAUACUAUGCCCAGAGGAUGAUCCAGUAUCUCUCACGGAGAGACAGUAUCCGCCAGCGCUCUAUGCGCUACCAACAGAACCGCCUCCGUUCUUCCACCUCCUCCUCUUCCUCAGACAACCAGGGUCCAUCAGUAGAGGGAACCGACUUGGAAUUUGAGGACUUUGAGGACAAUGGUGACAGAUCCAGGCACCGAGCUCCACGAAAUGCCCGGAUGUCUGCACCUUCACUUGGACGCUUUGUCCCAAGGCGUUUCUUGCUGCCUGAGUACUUGCCUUAUGCUGGGAUUUUUCAUGAACGUGGACAGCCUGGCUUGGCUACUCACUCUUCUGUUAACAGGGUCCUGGCAGGGGCAGUGAUUGGUGAUGGACAGUCUGCCGUGGCCAGUAACAUUGCCAAUACUACCUACCGGCUCCAGUGGUGGGACUUCACUAAGUUUGACCUCCCAGAAAUCAGUAAUGCCUCCAUGAAUGUGCUGGUGCAGAACUGCAAGAUCUACAAUGAUGCCAGCUGUGACAUUUCUGCAGAUGGCCAGCUCCUGGCGGCUUUCAUCCCUAGCAGCCAAAGGGGCUUUCCUGAUGAAGGCAUCCUGGCAGUGUACUCUCUGGCCCCCCAUAACCUGGGCGAAAUGCUCUACACCAAGCGAUUUGGUCCCAAUGCCAUUUCAGUGAGCCUAUCCCCGAUGGGUCGAUAUGUAAUGGUGGGCUUGGCCUCACGAAGGAUCCUGCUGCACCCCUCCACGGAGCACAUGGUGGCCCAGGUCUUCAGGCUGCAACAGGCUCAUGGUGGCGAGACCUCCAUGAGGAGAGUUUUCAACGUCCUUUAUCCCAUGCCUGCGGACCAGCGGAGACAUGUCAGCAUCAAUUCUGCCCGGUGGCUGCCCGAGCCAGGGCUCGGCCUGGCCUAUGGUACCAACAAAGGAGACCUGGUGAUCUGCCGACCAGAGGCCUUAAACUCUGGUGUUGAGUACUACUGGGACCAGCUGAAUGAGACUGUCUUCACUGUUCACUCCAGCAGCCGAAGCAGUGAGAGGCCUGGCACCAGCAGAGCCACAUGGAGGACAGACAGAGACAUGGGCCUGAUGAAUGCAAUUGGGCUGCAGCCCCGGAACCCCACCACCUCAGUGACAUCUCAGGGCACCCAGACUCUGGCCCUUCAGCUGCAGAAUGCCGAAACACAGACAGAGAGGGAGAUCCAGGAGCCGGGGAGAGCAGCUUCGGGUCCUGGUGAAGGUGAGGGCUCGGAGUACGGUGCCAGCGGGGAAGACGCUCUCAGCAGGAUCCAGCGGCUGAUGGCGGAAGGGGGCAUGACAGCCGUGGUGCAGCGGGAGCAGAGCACCACCAUGGCCUCCAUGGGUGGUUUCGGCAACAACAUCAUCGUCAGCCACCGUAUUCACCGCAGCUCCCAGACGGGCACCGAGCCUGGGGUCGCGCGCACCCCCUCGCCCCAGCCCUCCACCUCUCGGGGACUGCUCCCGGAAGCUGGACAGCUGGCAGAGCGAGGCCUGAGCCCCCGGACAGCCUCCUGGGACCGGCCUGGUACCCCUGCGCGGGACCCACCCCAGGCAGCCCUGCCCGCCUCCUCCCCCGUCCCCCUUCCCAGCGCUGAGGGACCAGCCCUGCACUGUGACCUCACCAAUAACAACCACCUUCCCGAUGGCGGGGGCAGCAGCCUGGGGGAGGCUGCGGGCCCCAGUGGGGAGCCACGGAACAGGUAGAGACAUGUGUGCACUGGUGCCUCCCCUCAAACCGCUGAGCAGAAACCGGACCUCACAGCUGACUGGGAACUGUACACGCAGAAGAGCCGCGGGCUGUGUCAGGGAACAGGAGCGAGAGGGUGGGGGGUCGAGAGGGAGUCCGAGUCAGCCAGUGUGAGGCAGUCAAAGGGGC